AUGUCUUCAAUAAAUCAAAAGUUUUAUUUUCGUUAUUUUUUGUCUUUUGCCGUUGGUCAGAACACUACCAUAAGUAAUUCCACUUCUUCUUCUGACGCUGGAUGUGCGGAUUAUUUCGGAGUCAGUGAAUGCAGUACAUGUCAAAAAUCAGCAUAUGGAGCUUCAGAUGAAAGCGUUGCAAAUUGUUUGGCGUUAACAGAAGACAUCCUCAACGGUACAGCUGCAUCUGAUUCAAAUGAUAAUAUAACGGAUAGUUGGGUUUCAGUCUACUCAGCAAUCCCUAAUAUGCAGGCUAUAUGCAGUCAAGCUUCGGAUGAAUCUUACUGUGCUAUCAAUUUUCGCUCAAAUUUAGGCAACUAUACCAUUCUAUAUCUAGGACUAUCUCCACCUGUGACUGUUACUCAGCGUUGGCUCGAUUUCUCCAAAAUGAACCCACCGUCAAUUCCUGCCCUUAAAAGUUUAUUGGAUCAAGAUAUUAAAACAUUUGAAGGAAAUUUAACUCAAUGUUUCGGUGAAAAAAAUAGUUCUGGUGAAAUGAUAAAAUUUAUUGGAGAUUAG